GUCAGCGCCGCUCAUGAAUAUUCCUCCCUAGGAGCGGCGAAGAGAGGGAGAACAGGAGGGAUGAAUAUUCAUGAGCGGCGCUGACUUCAGUGUCAGUUAGCCCGCAGAAGCCCCGCCUUUGCCAGUUACAGCCGGAUAUACACAGAGAUUAAAACUACAAGUGCGGGCGAACGGUGGCACGGAUCAGACCAAGGAAAAAGAGAAGCUAAUUCAGGAAACACGGAAGAGGUUUACACAAGAAUAUAUGCAAGAUAGUUCCAGUAAAUAUGAUUCCAGGGAUGUGGACAGACUACAGAAGGAUGAUGCCUGGGUGGAAAGCUAUCUUCUGUGGAGGCACAAUGUCAUAGAGGAGGCAUUAAAGAUGAUCGAUGAUAGCUUCAGAUGGAGGAAAGAAAUCGGCAUAAAUGAUCUGAAUGAAUCUGUUAUACCCAGGUGGUGUUUUGAUGUUGGAGCCAUUUACCUGCAUGGCUAUGAUAAAGAAGGCAACAAACUAUUCUGGUUCCGAGUGAAGCUCCACGUACGUGAUAACAAGACGAAUGAGGACAAGAAGAGAUGUGUCGCUUUUUGGUUGGAGCGCUAUGCCAAGAGGGAGCCGGGAAAACUACUGAGUGUUGUCUUUGAUAUGGCUGAAUGUGGACUUAGUAACGUAGAUAUGGACUUUGUUCGCUUUGUGAUCAACUGUUUUAAGAUCUACUAUCCCAGAUACCUGUCAAAGAUUGUAAUAUUCGAAAUGCCCUGGAUAAUGAAUGCUGCUUUUAAAAUUAUCAAGGGCUGGCUGGGUCCAGAAGCGAUAAACAUGCUGAAGUUUGUGAACCGGAGUGAAGUUCAGGACUACAUCAGUGCAGAGUACUUACUGCCACACAUGGGAGGAUCGGAUCCGUUCAAAUAUAGUUAUCCUCCAUUACCCGACGAUGAUUUCCAAACUCCAGUCUGUGAAAAUGGACCGGCAUCUUGUGAGGAUGAGCUGGAAAGUAAAGAAGGGAGUGAGCUGGACGUCAGGGACACUGUGGAUUCCUAUACGUCUGAGGAGAGCACACCGAGGCUUAGGAAGAUACACAGCAUCGAAGAUCAUUUCAAGCUCGAUGACAGCGAAAAGCCUGACGCCAAGCCGAAAAACCACAAGAGAACGCCAACUGUUUUUAAAGGGCCUUUACUACACAUUAGUCCUGCAGAUGAAUUGCAUUUUGGAUCCAAGGAAAGUGGAGAAAGGAAAUGCGUUAUUGUCCUCAAUAAUGUCACCAAAAAUACAGUGGCGUUUAAGGUGAGGACAACAGCCCCUGACAAAUUUAGGGUAAAACCAAGCAACAGCAGCUGUGAACCCGGCUCUACGGUUGACAUUGUGGUCUCUCUUCAUGCAGCAUCCAUCGCUUCGCUGCAAGACCGCUUCUUAGUCAUGGCUGCUGAGAUGGAGCAAGCAUCGGGAGCAGGAGCACAAGAGCUGGCGCAGUUCUGGAAAGAGGUGCCCAGGAAUAAGGUCAUGGAACACAGAUUAAGAUGCCACGUUGUUGAAACCAACAAGCCAGCCACAUUAGGAAUAAAAGAAAACACAGUGAACAGGCCAUUACUAAGCAAUGAAGAUCUGCAUUUUAAGAUAAAUCAACUUCUAGAUACAAACCGAAGACUGGAAGAACAGAUUGGACACUGCGUCUGGUACCAGCACUUAAUAACAUUUUUAUUAUCUAUUUUAGUUGCCAUAGCCAUCAUAUACAUGCUGAAGGACACGAGCAGAUAAUCCAUGUUCAGCCAUGGACAAUUUGUGAUUUGUGUACACAAUAAAUAUUUAAUAUGCUAUUCCUGCAAUGGGGGUGGGGGGAUCACCUGACUGAACCAAAGUUGCCUUUAGUGUUCGGCGUGUAUCAGAACUAAACCACGAUAUGACUAACACACUUAUCAAGAGUGCGGAGAGAAGGACAGAUGGAUGGAGAGGACUUACGUCUGUAUCCAAAUUCUGAUAUCUCAGGUUAUAUUGGUGCUCCUCUUAGAAUCCUCAAAGGUAUCAUUCCAGUCUUUUGUCCCUUUACAUGAUGAAAACGUAAUGAGGUACUGCUAUAUAAAACAAAGACCCUAAUGGACUGAUGCCAAGCAUUGACAUGUGGCACCUUUUGCAUGAUAUUUUCUUUUAUGUAUUUGCUUAUCCUUCCCCCUAUUAUUAUUGCUUAACAGCAAUUCCCAGAAAUACUUUGCUUGAGGUAAAUGAGUCUCACACCUCACUUUUUUGUAGUUUUUCAAAGGGCUACUAAAAAUGGUAGAAAAUAACUAACCAUAGUAGAGGAAGAACCCAUAUGGUGGACUGCUGGAUCUAAUGCGCACCAACAGUGCUUGAUGCACCUUAUUGACUUAUAACAGGGUCCAUCAGGUUGCGUUUAGAUGUUCUGCCUUUUGACUGGUAAAAUAAAGUACAUGCUAUGCUAGACAGGAGGUGCAAACAAAGCCUCAGUCAGAUCCCUACAGAGCCCUACACUGUAUUUAAAGGAUAUAUGUGACAUUUUUUUUACUAAGCGGCAAAUGCCAAAUGGUUUGUGCUCUGGCAGGUUUGGGGUGCCUAUGCUAAUAAUGCCAAUUUAUAGCCUGAUUCUUUUAGUGGCACUGCAAGGUCAAACAGGCGGAGAGGUAUACAAUUCUCCUUAUUGUUAUUAUCAGGAGAAACACUACUCUCCCAGUGCACUGUAAGUAGGGAUGUAAGAAAAAAUCGAUUCUCGCGAUAAUCGCGAUUUUUCAUUUGUCGAUACAGAAUCGAUUCAAAAUAUUUUUGAAUCGAUUCUUUUAGGGAUGUGAAAUUUUUAUCUGCGGACGCCCGUAUC